UCCUUCCUUCCUUCCUUCCUUCCUUCCUUCCUUCCUUCCUUCCUCCCUNCCUCCCUCCCUCCCUCCCUCCCUCUCUUUUUUUCCUUCCAUCCUUUCUAAAAUAAGGAAGUGGUUUUCUUUGUCCCUUGGAUUCCAAAGCUCCUGUCACCCAGGGAAGCUCAGUCCCUGGCUUCCAGGCUUCUGGGAGAGGACUGCUGGUUUGUGUUUGCGCUGCACAGCGGGAGGCCACAGGAGGCGACUGGGAGGCAGACACAGUCAAUCCAGGGGUGGAGAAGGGAGAAGGCAGGGCGACCGGCGCGCGUUCCCGGGCUCGUGACCGCUGGCGGCCCCGGGAAUCCACGCCCACACACUCUUGCAGAGAUGGCAGGCAGCAAAGACAAGCUCGUCGUGGGCACUCUCCACCUGCUGCUACUGCAGGCGAUCGUCCUGUCUCUGACAGCUGGGAAUCUGAGUCUGGUCUCCGCUGCCUGGACGCAGGAGAAGAACCACCACCAACCAGCACAUUUGAAUUCUUCAUCUCUUCAGCAAGUUGCAGAAGGCACUAGCAUUUCUGAAAUGUGGCAAAACGACUUGAGACCAUUGCUGAUAGAACGAUAUCCCGGAUCGCCUGGAAGCUAUUCUGCUCGUCAGCACAUCAUGCAUCGAAUUCAGAGACUUCAGGCUGAGUGGGUUGUGGAGGUUGACACCUUCCUGAGCAGGACUCCCUAUGGCUAUCGGUCCUUCUCAAAUAUCAUCAGCACUCUUAAUCCGGAAGCGAAACGACACCUGGUCCUCGCCUGCCACUACGACUCCAAAUAUUUUCCUCGAUGGGACAGCAGAGUGUUUGUGGGAGCCACGGAUUCAGCUGUGCCAUGUGCAAUGAUGUUGGAACUUGCCCGUGCCUUAGACAAGAAACUCCAUUCCUUGAAGGAUGUCUCUGGUUCCAAGCCAGAUCUCUCACUCCAGCUAAUUUUCUUUGAUGGUGAAGAGGCUUUUCAUCACUGGUCUCCUCAAGAUUCUCUGUAUGGGUCUCGGCACUUAGCUCAGAAGAUGGCAUCAAGCCCUCACCCUCCUGGAUCAAGAGGCACAAACCAACUGGAUGGCAUGGAUCUGUUGGUCUUACUAGAUUUAAUUGGAGCAGCAAAUCCAACAUUCCCUAAUUUUUUCCCCAAGACUACCAGAUGGUUUAAUAGACUUCAAGCAAUUGAAAAGGAACUCUAUGAAUUGGGAUUACUCAAGGAUCAUUCUUUGGAGAGGAAGUAUUUUCAGAAUUUUGGCUAUGGAAAUAUUAUCCAGGAUGACCACAUUCCAUUUUUAAGAAAAGGUGUCCCAGUUCUUCACCUGAUAGCUUCUCCUUUCCCUGAAGUCUGGCACACCAUGGAUGACAAUGAAGAAAAUCUACAUGCGUCAACCAUUGACAAUCUCAACAAAAUCAUUCAAGUCUUUGUGUUGGAAUAUCUUCACUUGUAAUGUUUGGAUUUAGUUCCUGGUAAUUGCUUCUACAGCAACUUCAAGACACCAUUUAAACAAUCUGCUUCCAGAUAAAUGUGUGUAGACUUCUGUCCUAUAGAUUCAUUCUGUAGGUGUUUUUGAAUAUGUGAUCAGCGAAUUGUAGAAUUCUAUGAUGCCUUCACUAAUUUUCCUCUAGAGAUGAGAAAGAAACAUGUAAAGAAAUAGAAUAAUAAUAAUUUUUAAAAUUCUUUUGGAAGAAAACUUUAAAAUAAAGUUAGAGUUACUUACCAAUACCAUAGACUUGUAAACAAUACUUAAAUACAAUGAUGCUGUAUGGUAUAGUGGUAGUUUUAUAUGUGAUAUUAUAUAGUGUGUUAUAUAAUAUGUAAUAAAACACAGACAUAUACUUUGACAGCCCUUAAGUUUCUUUAAAAAAAAAAGCUUUGGAAAUUAAAGUCUGAAUUAAAUUGCA